AUGCCGGACGGAAAGGUCCCGGUGAAAAGCCCCAACCGCAGCGGCACCGAUGUUGCGGAGAAGAGCCGGAACGGGACCCCGGAAGUGAGCGCCCCCGAGGAGGUCCGCGAAUGGUCCGCGGAGCAUGACCUCGUGUACCCGGAGGGAGGGUGGACGGCCUGGUCCCAGGUGCUAGCCAGCAACUUGCUCAACGCGCUAGCGUGGGGCUACCCGGCGACGUUCGGCGUUUACCAGCUCUACUACACCGAGAAGCUCCGCCUGCCUGCGGCCCAGGUUUCUUGGAUCGGCUCGGUGCAGAUCUUCCUGACGUUUGCCAUCUGCACCGUCUCGGGCCGGCUGACGGACGCCGGGUACGCCCGGCACGCCGUCUUAACGGGGUGUGCUUUCGUCAUCCUGGGCACGUUCAUGACCAGCCUCUGCACGCAGUACUGGCAGAUCAUGCUGGCUCAGGGCAUCUGCACGGGCAUGGGUCUGGGUCUCCUCUUCAUGCCGGGCGUUGCCAUUGUCGGGUCCUACUUCAAGGAGAGGCGAUCUCUGGCGUUGGCCAUCGCGGCGACGGGCACCGGCGUCGGCAGCCUCAUCUUCCCGUCCACCUUGCAGUACCUCGUCCCCCUGGUCGGGUUCCCCUGGGCCGUUCGCUGCUCUGCCUUUGUUGCGCUCGCCGUGGCAAUAAUCGCCAACGCGCUUCUGCGGCCCCGGCUGCCGCCCAGAAGGUCCGGUCCGCUGAUCGAGUGGACAGCUUUCCGGGAGGGUCCGUACAUCUUGUUCACCUUGGGGGCCUUCUUCUACUUCAUGGCGCUCUAUUUCGGCUUCUUCUACAUUAAUACGUAUGCCCGCAAGGUUGUGGGCUUCUCGACGACCGAGUCGGUAUCGCUGCUUCUCAUCACCAAUGGCAUGGGCAUACCGAUCCGACCCGUUGUCGGCUGGCUAGCCGACCGCCACGUCGGUCCCAUCAACAUGUUCGUUCUGACCAUGUUCAUCCUCGGCUGCAUGGAGUUUGUGUGGAUUAGCGUGAAGACAAAGACCGGCAUGUAUGUCUUCAGCGUCUUCUUCGGCCUGGCCAACGGAGCAGCACAGGGGGUCUUUGGAGGGUCGACGGCAAGCCUGACGGCGGAUCCGCAGAAGAUGGGUACGCGGUUCGGGAUGAUUGCAACGAUCUCGGGCUUCGCGACACUGGCCGGUCCUCCGACGGCCGGCGCCAUCAUCGACAGGGCCGGAGGACAAUAUCUCGGGGCUCAGAUAUGGGGUGGUGCCAUGAUGAUAGCAGGAUCACUGACGAUUGCAGCGGCGAGGAUCGCCAAGGCAGGAAAGUCUUGGAGGACCAAAUUAUGA